UGAUCUAGUAAGCCGAGAGAAGGGAAAAUGCAAGUGCAUACAAGCGCCGAUAGGCGUCGUACUUGUUGCAUCGAAUAUUAUGACGUUACUACAGUUGUGAUACAGACCACCAUUCAUACAGCACAUUCAUACUGCAAAAUUUUAAAACAACUCAACGUGCUACCCGGUCUGGACAAUGUAACUAAUCAAGGCAAAUAUCGCAGGAAAAAUGGCAAAGAGACACCGAAACCGACUUUGAACAUGAAGAAACCUCACGAAUGUUCGCCGGACACGAACUUUUUUACCCGUCAAGUGAUCUAAUUUUGUUCAGUGACUUUUUUUCUCAAUUAACUAGGAUAAUUAGUGCUUUUUUCUGUGACAUUCAAGGAUUUAAGUGACCGAACUCUACUUACUUGUGUUUUUUGACUUUGAGUGCGCUUCUCGAUCGACACCUGGAUUUAUUUAUGUAAAAUUUGGUGUAAUGAAUUUUAAGCGAUGGGUAAUCGGGAUUUCGGUAGACAAAAAGGUGUAAUUACUAACAUACUGCCAGUAAAAAAUGGCGGAAUGCUCCUAUUCGCGAUGUGUACAACAGAAACGAAAUAUUAGAAGAGAACUGCAAAGAUGGACAAAAACCAUGGUUCACAUCGUUGGAUUGGAACGAAUAGCUGAGGAAUUGAUGGGUAGAAGGAAAUGGAAACUGUAUCAAGAGUCCAUGUCCAGAAAUUAUUUACAACCUCUGAACAACAACGUGAAAUCGAGAACAACGCCAGAGCGUCAGGAGUGCCGAAGGGACUAUUCUGGGUCAGAUUCGGAACAGACCGAGAACAGAGUGGUAUCGCAAGACAGUUUCUCACCGGGAGGAGACGAAAGGGCCGGUGUAAGAAACGGCCUUACAUCGCUCGAUCCAGAAGUCCAAGACUGGAAGCCGCAGGACAAGUGCAAUUUUUGCGUGGACGGCAAACUGGAUAGUGAACCGAACUCGCAAGGGGUCUUGAGUCCCCGAUAUUCAGAAUCGGACUCCUCAGACAGCCACAGCGACAACGAGACCCCAGCAUCUUUAACACCAUCCUACAAAUUGAACAACAAUCACCAACCCCAAAACUUUCCUUUACCACCAAACAUGACCACGAUAGAGAGCAUGGCGUUGGCAGUUGCUGCUUUCUCUGGUCAACUGAAAAAUGGUGGCAAUUCCCCAGGAGCAACCAAUGCACAUCUUCCUUUUUACCCCAGUAUGCUCAACCAAAGCUGGUAUUUAGCCAAUGUAGCAAGAUCUUUUCAAAACGAAAGGUUAGCCCCUGAGGUAGACAAGAGUAGUGGUGAACAACCCUUAGACUUGAGCAAAGGGAGCAGCAACAGUGCAGAUAGAGUGUCAAAUAAUGUUAGGAUACCAACGUUGGAUACUAAGCAGAUUUUUAAUUCUGAUUUUAGAGCCAAGCCAAGAAUGCCAACCGUUGCCGGUCGGAGAACCUACACGGAAGACGAAUUGCAGGCUGCCCUCCGAGACAUCCAAUCUGGAAAAUUGGGGACUCGAAGAGCCGCCGUGAUAUACGGCAUUCCUAGGUCCACCUUGCGUAACAAAGUUUACAAAUUGGCCUUGGAAAGAGAACGGGAGAGUCACCUAAACAAUUCCGCUGUGUUGAAAAUAGACGAAGAUGAAGCUAUAGACGACGACAAAGAGCUCUCAGGGACAGAAGAAGAAAAAGAAAUCGAAAAAACAUUGAAGAGUCCGAUUCUAACUCUCGCUGACAUGAUGAGAUUAAGAAGCAUGGAGCCUGAAGUACUCAAGACCAUUCUAUCGCAGAGGAGUGCGGAUGGGACAGAGCCUUGGCCGAACAUCGAACAGAAUGAUUUCGGGACGUACAUACAGAACCUAAUUCUGUCUUCGCAAAAACCACCCGAAAGUAAUGUCCUCAGUCCUGUUGAUUUCUUCAAGAGGAUGAUCCCAGAGCAACAUAAAGUGAACGGAGAAUGUGAAAGACUUUUGAAACCGAACGCGGAAUCGGUUAUCACGAAAAGCGAGCGGGCGAGAUCAGAACCUGACAUGGAUACAGAAUCUGAGUCAUCAUCCAAUGUUAUACUUAAGAUUCCGUCCUUCAAGCCUAGUAAAAACGGUUCAGAUCUGUUGUUUCGGGGUAUUGAGGGUACAAUAGCCUCCCCACCAGUAACCACCAGCGAGUCGAGUUCACCGCCCAUCAUUCCGAAUAAAGUGACGAUAAAAGACGUAAAAGAUGUCAUAGCUCAAAGUAUUAGCCAAAAAUUUCAGCAACCAGUAGUAGAACCAGUGACGAGGCCAAUGAUGGAUAUUAAUUUCAAGAGUAGCAGCUUUACGCCCCCCUUAGGAUCUAGUAUAUCUGUGAUUAAAACGAAUCCUCAAGAGGUCAACAGAUUGUUUCCACAACAAGCCCCUCAAGUGAAACCUCAGCAGCAGAAUUCAUCAGGUCAGCCAACAGGAGGUAAAGGAACAAGACCGAAGCGUGGCAAAUAUAGGAAUUAUGAUAGGGACAGUUUGGUUGAGGCAGUUCGCGCUGUUCAACGUGGGGAGAUGUCAGUUCACAGAGCAGGCAGUUAUUAUGGUGUACCGCAUUCCACCUUGGAAUAUAAAGUGAAAGAACGUCACCUCAUGAGGCCAAGGAAACGAGAUCCGAAACCCAAUCCAGUAGAUGAAAAGAUAGCCAGUUUGAAACAGAAUGAUAUACGUAAUGCCCAAGACAAAAUGAAGCCGGUAGUUAUGAAACCCCCCCAGAAGUUUCCUCCCACCUCCCCUAACGGCAUGAAACUGCCGUUAUUCGAAUCCGGUAUGUCCCCCUUGCCUGGUUACAAUGCUCCUCCCUUUCCAUUCUGGCCUCAUCCAGGUUUUCACCACAUUCCCAUAGAUUACGCAAGAAACCCUUCGCCAUCAUUCCCCACAACACACGAGCUCUUCGCCUCCCAGAUGAUGCAAAAGCUUCAAGAAGAAACCACGAGAUCUCUGAGUAGUAAUUCUCAAAAUUCAACGCCUUCAAGUACGCCUACUCUGGCAAAAAGUGCGAGGCAAAUGGCUGAGUCUUUACUCGAUGGUACUGGAUCAAACGGGUCCUUCUUAGAUGGAAUAAUUAGGUCUAGUCUCGAGUCGGGCGUUCCCUGCAACGACGAUAAAAUUGUCAAAGAGGAGAAGAAUGUUGCUCCUGAAAAUAUGUCGAACAAAGCUCUACUGGAUCAGCUCUGCAGAAAUAGCAGAUUGACUCCUUUGUCCAAACUCCCCACGGGAGAUGCUAGUUCAGGAGACGAAUCUUAUAAGAAAGGAAAUGCGAGUCCUUUAAAUUUCGCAGGCACGACAGUGAAGGAGGAGAAAAUGGACGAUUCACCUCCACCAUACGAAACAGAAAACGCAGAUGUGCAUACAAUAGAACUGUCGAAUGAUUCUCAUGAAUCCGUCGACAAAAAGCCACAAUUCAAUCAGUUGCAACCUGAAGCGACUCCAAGCCAACCAGCAAAACCUCCAGGAAGGAUUUAUCUGAAGCAGGAUCUGGUAAACCCCGAUAAUUUGAAACCAGAGAUGUUGGUCCGCUUCAUACCUGAAAUGGAUAGAAAUGGGAUCUGCGAGAAUCCCGACAGUGCCUCAGAAAACGAAGCACCGCAAGACUGACGUUUAAAUAUUAUAAAUGAAAGAUUUUUAUACUGACACAGAAGUACUAUAGAAAUAUGUUGAGAAGCUCCGAAUGUUGGAAUGCUCAAAGGAUCUACAUACUGGGAUAAUCUUGAAAAUCUAUUUUAAUUAACAUUCAGAUGCUUCUGCGGAAUUUCCCAUUGAGCAUGGAAAAGAAUUAAAUAAUAUAGUCAGGUCAAUAAAAAAAUAACGAAAAAUUCAUACUUGCACACAACUCGAAUAAUUUAAAACAAAAUUUACCCUUAAAGGUACACUGGUUUUAUAAUAUUGAAGUAAAAUUCACUUUAGAAUUCAUAGUAAAUGCUUACUAUAAUUGAAAUGAGACGAGAUCUUUUAGGCAUUCUGACGUUCGAAAAUCAAGGAGUUACUUCUUGAAACAAGAAGAUCUAACUCAGUGGUUGUAUCAUAAAUUAUCCUUGAUGACGGUGUUUGUUGAUAAUUCUUUGACUUUUUUUAAUCAUAUAUUUAAAAUUUUUAUUCUAGACUAAGAUUAUCAUGAGAUUCAUGAGCAUCAAAGCAGAAAUAUCCAUCUAAGUGUUUUUUGACUUUGAUAUAUGCCCAUAUGCCCUCAUAUCACCCAAAACAAACCAUAAUACAACAAGAUCAAAUAUUCACAACACAACUGAAUAGUAUGCGAAGGAGAGAAUGUUUGAUAAAUAAAUUAUUAUCGAAGAGGUUGAAAGCUCAAAAAGAAGAAAACGUUGUUACUUGUGAAAUUUGAUUUUGAUGUAGUGCUGUUCAUGUUCGAUGUGUAAAUGGAAUGUUCCAAAUUGUAUCAUCAAUGUAAUAUUUGUGUCUUUUUGUCGCAUAUGGUACCUCAGAAGUCAUUCUGUUCAUAUUUUCGAAAUGCUGCUCUGAUGGUUAAUAUUAAUAUAUAAUAUAUAUUGUAUCGAAAGGAAGAAGCAUGGUGAGAUCGGAAAAUUGCAAAUUAUAUCUAUCUGUGAUUUAUUCAAAAUUUUUGAUGUAUAUUUUAUCUAAAAUAUCUUAAAACUAAAUGAAAAUUUAAAAACUAGAGAUAGUAAAUUGAUAUAAAUUUCGUUGGUUGACUGAACGUCUCUUGAUACUCACGUACAGUUUUCUCGCGAUGUUGUCUUGUUUUCAUAUGAAAUGAAGUGCAAUUAGCUGGUAUAUAUAUAUACACAUAUAUAUAUUUACAUCAAUAUUACGUAGAAUAAGAUAUAUUGAAUAUAUUAUAUAUUUGAAAAAUGGAAGCUAUUUUGUUCGAGAGAUAAAAGAUUGACUCCUAGUAGAGUUUAAAAUGCUUCAAAUCCCUUCAACAACCGUCAAACAACACAAUCAACCACAAACCAAUCGAUACCGACAGUUACAAUGACUGACCGUGAAAAAUAACGCUAUCCAAUUCACGAUUGUCGAGCCCUUAAAAAAUUUAUUACAAAAAAAAUUUCUCUCAUUCAAUUCUUGGCCAUAAUGCAUAUACCUAUUUGAAUCUUUAUAAAUAUUCAAAUUUAAAAAUGUGGUUUUUCACGGUCAGCCUUCAAACCAAACCAGAAUAAACAGGACAAAUUUAAGUUGGACCAAUAAUGCAGUUUGAAAAUUGUAAAUAAAUGGUAUGCUUUUCAUACAUAUCGUUUGACAGUCUCCAUUAUUUUUCGAAAAUCUCCGAGUCCUAUUGCAGAUAGAUAGUUGUAAAUCUUUAGAAAAUCAAAAUGAGAGAAUUCUGAAGAAUCUAGGGGAGUGUCAAAAUAAAAACAUUCCAACCAUUUACGUGCCAGAUUUUUUAUUCGCAACAUUAAUAUGUUGAAGAAAAUUGAUUAAAUAGAUGUGAUCUCGGUCAAAUAUGACUAUAAAUAGAUCAUUGGAAUGCAUUUUUAAAAAUGUGAUGUUAUUUUGAAGCUGUGGCUUCCUGUUCUAUAGUGUGUAAGUUUCGAAACAACACUGUAUUUUUAAAUGUUUGUGUGUCACUUUUGCGCUUAAUACAAGUCCACUGUAGUAUAUUUUUUUCACGACUCAAGUCGAAAACAAAUUCCAUAAUACCUUCAGUGAAAGUAAGCCAAUCUUUCAUGUAGAUUUAAACGGAGCCUUGUUAGUUUUCGAGUCAUCAGCGUCUUCUCUGCUGUUCCAGUUCCCCAGUGAUAAGUUCAAAGAGAUUUUCACCGCAGAAGUGAGAUGAGUCUCUUACAGAGGAAUUUGUUUUCUACAAAUGUUAUAGUGUUAACAAUAUUCUGUGAAGGAUUCUUAUAUGCGUUAUGAGUGAAUCACUGAGAUGUGCAAUUCUUUCAUAGUGUUAACUCAUCGUUUUUAAUUGUUUAUUGAAGUGAUAUUUUUCAUAAAGACAUGGUUAUAAGUUAUUGAACUCUUACUCUUCACAAUCUCGCGGUCCAAAUGCAACCCUCAACAGUGUAUAAACGUAACUUUAAAACGUAUACGCGUCGUAAUUUUAAGUACGUAAAUAUAUUUUUCUCUCUUAACUAUAAUUUUCCAAUUGAAUAGAACCGUACACCACAUGGCCUGAUGUGCAUCGUAAUUGAGAAAAGUUAAUUUUAUUAUAGAAAGGUGACGGUUUCCAAAACUUGUACUUUACAUUCCUGAUCGACGUAUGCCAUGGUCAAUGUUUUUUAAUUGUUUUCAUUUGUUUUCAAUAGAAACCCUGAAGCGCAUGAUGUUCUUUGAAAAUUGAUAUAAAGUUUUAGGCCUUCAUUUUAGAAUGCGCGAAAUUCAUAAACAUUAUCAAUACAUUUAAAAAUUUCAGUUUUCAAAAAUGUAUACGUUAUAGGGAACAAUCAUACCUGAAUGAAUUUUGAAUGGAUCAGUUCAAUUCAAAUACAACAGAGAAGUAGGAAUGGAAAAUAGCGUAUAUUUGAACAAAAGUAAAUUACGUAUUUUUGCACUGAAGUCAGUAUUUUGUUCAAAUUAUGAUUUGAAGGUCAUUAAUAAUUUAGAUUAUCAUUCCACCAAGUUUUUCACAUUGAUAAGACUUCUUUCUAUAGUUUAUAUUCUCUAAUAUUUUUUUACAUGAAUGAAUCAUUUUCAUCAGUUUUAUAAAUAAACAUAUUUGUUAAUUAUUUUUUAAUUUCUGUUUAAUCAAUGUAAACUUAAGUUUGCUUAGAAUUGUAUAUAUAGUAUUUCAUUCAGUGUACACAUUAUUUUCGGUGUGCCUGCUAAAGUUAAAACUUUGAAGAAUGGUUUAUUUUACUUCGUUAACAUUUUCUGCAAACAUAAUAAACAAUAGUUACAAUUUACCCACAUUUAAUCAUACUGAUGAAGAGAUCCAAAUUUUACUUUUGCGUUUAUUGACUCUUUUUAUUAAUCUUUCUGAGUUUUACUGGUGCAGUUCUUAUUAUUUUGGUUUUUCUGGUCAAUUCAAUAAAAUAUGACUUGUGUUCACUUUUGUUUUCCAAAAAGUAAAUUAGAAACUUUGCGCUGAAAUAUUAAUUUCUCCAUCAAAAUUCGUAUUAAAUUUAGAAUCAUAGUCAUCUCGGCAUUGUUGCAAUUUCUCCAUACAGAAAUUAAUUGUAUGAAGAUUUUUACAAUAUUGUUGAGAAAUUGUUAAAUCUUCUUUAUUUGCACCAUAUUUGACCACAGCAUUGAAAACAGAGCUUUACUAUAAACGCAAGUAGAUUUUUCACUGAGUACCUACCUACUCAAAAUAGUUGAUAGUUUUAAAGACGUCUGAUGACACAUGCAGUACAAGAGGUUAGAUUUAAACACUAUAUUAGGAUUUGUAAAGUUGACACUAAUUCCUGGUGAUGGCACAUAGGUUUUACUAACUAGUAUUAGCAUACUGUAGGUUUUUGAAUAUAGGCCAAUGGGCAAUACUCUUCAUCAGUAUGGUCGCAAAGUACAGUUCAAACUCAAACCGGAAUUUGUUCAGUAUUCAAAAUCCAACAACAGAUUAUCCACAAAUUUUAUACUCUUAUUUCACCUACUUCAGGUUCUGAUAAUUCAGAUAAAGUCAAGUUUAUCACUUGAAUUAUGCUUUGCCUUUCAAAGAAACACUUUUUAUUUUAUAUCACUUUCUCAAACAUUUUUCUAAAUAAUGAUUGGAUAUUAGACUAAAUUGUUUCUUAUUGGAGCCUAAUUGUUAUACUUAAGAAAUUUAUAUGAAAUUUGAAAUUACUAUUUUUACGCUUUAUUAUAUGCACUGGCUGUUUGCAAGCACAACACCAGAAAGUGUCUUCUUACUUUUCGACUACUUUUUGCUAAUAGUUUGUAUUUUUGCGACAUUUGUGUUAAUUUCAAUGAAACAAAGUUAUUCAAAAUUUAUAUGAAAUUAAUCAAAACAAUGAAUAAUAUUUUAUCGUUAAUUCUGUAAUUCAAAUGCUAUGAUAAAAUGAAAACAACUUUAACCAGUGAGAUAUAAAUGAAAAAAACCGAUAAAAUCUGGGACCAAAAUGCCAUAUCGGAUUAUUCAAAAUCAAAAUAUCAGAGAGCUCCAAAAUGUUUGAAACUUCUCAUAUUUUUUUAAGUUGGCUGAAAUGCACUUUAUUUUCUAAAGUAUAUAUUUUAAAAAUAUCUUAGAGUAAAUUAUUUCAUGAAAGUUCCAUAGUUUGACAAUAUGUUAGAGAUAAAAUUUAAAUGUAAGUGUUGCUUAAUUAUUGUAUUAUUUUUGGUUGAAAAGAAAUGUACUAUAAAAUGCCUUUUUUAGCAUGAGGAGACUAUAAUAUCAAUUUGUUGUAUUUGCAGUAUAAAGAAAAGAACUAGAUUCCAAAACUUUCUCCCCCAGGUCUAGUAUGAUCUUGUUCGAAAUACAACGGACACUUGUUCGUAAAUAUCUACUUGUGAAUUUUGUUUUAUUAUGAAAAGUUAGAUGUUUGAACAAUUAUUAUUGCUUUGUGGGAAAUUGUUAUUUUCAGAAAAUAUUUUAAAUCCACAAAAAUACAAAAAAACCAUACACAUUGUAUAUUUAUAAUGUAAUUCUGAAAUAUACCAGUAUUUAUUAUACUGCGAAAUUUAAAAA